GGGUGAAAUAAAAUAAAAAGCAAGCGUAACCCUAAAUUGACAUCAGACCAGAACAAUAAAAAGAAGGCGUAGCCUUCGUUUCUCCGAUUAUCCACCAGCAGUUAGAGUUUAGCUCACCUGAUGCUCGGUGGCGUGGAUUAUCUUCCCUUAAAACAAAAAGGAGAGGAUUCCGCCGCUAAAUGCUGUUGUUUACACCCAAUUUCAUGUCUUCUUCAUUCGACUCCUCUCUUGCUCCUCACUGCAACUCCUUAAAUUCCCGUAGUGUUGUAUUUUUUUCUCAAUUUAUUCUAUCUUUUCUUAAUUAUAAAUUUAUACGCUUCUUCGGUCCUAAUCCUCAGCUUCGUCUAUCUAACACAAAAUAUGAGUAUUAAUAAUAAUAAUAAAAAGGUUUUAUUAUUUGGGUCAUUCACAGAAGAUGACAUCAGGUCAUGGCAAGAUGAAAAGCCCGUGGAGAAGAAAGAAUUGAAGUUUGGUUCUUUGAAUUGUCCCACUGGAAUUACUUUUGGCAAUUUUAAUGGUGAAUUGAGCUCGCAACGAGGCUCUACAGAUGGAAAAGUGAGCUUUGGAAGUGCCAAUUCAGCUAAGAAAGAUAAAGAGAAGGAUGUUAAGGACGUUAAGAGCGUUAAGAACUCCGAGCCUGGCAUCUUGGGCAGUCCGAAACAGAAUGGAAGUGUUGCCAAAUUCGCCCAUUCUGAUGGUGUUACAAUCGGUAAUGGUGUGAAAGACUUGAAACUGGAGAGUUUGGAGUUGAAUUCGUUGCCAUUUUCACAGAAUGAAGACAAUGUUGUAAAUCAAUCACUGAGCUCGAGCUUUCAUGUCCUUGAUGGUGGACCAGUAAAGGAUGGGGAUGUAGAGAGGGCUAACAAUGAGCUAGCUUAUGUGAAAGUUGAGAACACUAGGAAACUAAAUAAUGGGCCUGUUGCAGCUAUGAGAGAUUUACUCCCUCGUGGCUUGAUUAACUCGGGGAAUUUAUGCUUUCUCAAUGCCUCUCUGCAGGCUUUCUUAUCCUGUUACCCUUUUGUUCAGCUCUUGCAGGAUCUUAGAAACCGCGACAUCCCAAAGGCUGGGUUUCCAACGUUAACAGCAUUUGUUGAGUUUCUCUUCGAGUUUGACGUGCCGAGCAGUUGCAGCUUGAAAAAAGACACAGCUAUUGUUGAGACUGGCAGGCCUUUUAGCCCUGCCAUGUUUGAAGGCAUUCUCAAAAAAUUUACUCCAGAUGUUCCAAAUAGCAUAUCAGGACGACCCAGGCAGGAGGAUGCUCAGGAGUUCUUAAGCUUUGUCAUGGAUCAAAUGCAUGACGAAUUGCUUAAGCUUGAAGGGCAAUUUGGUAUCACUAAUGGUGCCAAAACAUCUUUAGUUUCUUCAACUGAGGAUGACGAAUGGGAAACAGUUGGCCCAAAAAAUAAAUCUGCAGUGACUAGAACACAAAACUUUCCUCCUUCAGAGCUAAGUCAUAUUUUUGGAGGACAACUGAGAAGUGUUGUGAAGACGAAAGGAAAUACAGAUUCUGCAACUGUUCAACCGUUUCUGCUGUUACACCUUGAUAUUUAUCCUGAAGCUGUACGUACGAUUAAGGAUGCACUUCAUUUGUUUGCUGCACCAGAAAAUCUCGAAGGGUACCGGGCAUCGGCAGCUGGAAAGGCUGGUGUUGUGACUGCUAGAAAAUCUGUGAAGAUACAAACACUUUCUAAGAUAAUGAUACUGCAUCUGAUGCGUUUUAGUUAUGGAACCCAAGGGAGCACCAAGCUGCACAAGCCUGUGCACUUUCCCCUUGAAUUGGUGCUUGGUAGGGAACUACUUUUUUCUCCUUCCACUCAGAGCCGGAAAUAUGAACUUGUUGCCACAAUAACUCACCAUGGGAGAGAACCUUCAAAGGGUCAUUACACGGCUGAUACUCGCAGUCCGAAAGGCCAUUGGCUCCGUUUUGAUGAUGCAUCUGUCACCACAAUUAGUACAUCGAAGGUUUUGCACGACCAGGCUUAUGUCCUCUUCUACAAACAAGUAUAGAAGGUGGUGGAAAGAAAUUAAAAUUGUGAAAUAUUUAAUGGAUGAGAUCAUCUGGCAAUAUGACCUCUGAUUAGUAAGGAAGUUAUAUGCUAGGUUCUGGGAGCUGCCUUAACAAUCAUGUAUUUAUUUAUGCAUGAGCAUAGAGUGUGUUCUUGAUGAAAGGUUGGAAGAGUUUUUUGUGCAGUAGUUUUAUUGUAACCUUUUUUUAGUAGCUUUAUUAUGAGGAAUGUAACCGAUCUCAAAUUUCGUAAAGUUUUGCUGAAAAUAUAUUUCUAUUUGUUCCUGUCUUA